ACAUAUAACAACUUUUCAACUCAAUGAUCCAAUCAAACAGCCUUUUAAAUUAUCAUACAAUAUUUAACCGCAUGAGGGAGACUCUAUGGGGCUGUUUAGACCAAACGCGUUAAUGUGUUUAAAAAAAGCAGCAAAAAAGCAAGACGAAUUGUAACGAAUGGAAGAGCGCUGGUGUCUCGAGACGCGGUUUUAAAAGUUGAAGUUCUUUUAACUUGCAACGGUGUCUAAAAGGUGCUGAGCUCCUGCGCGAGACGCUGAAGAAACAAACAAGAAAAUAAUUGAUAAACAGCGCGGACGAAUGUAAUAACUAUUUUGGUGUGAACUGGCCCUUACACAGGGCCUUUCUGAGGAGAGAUUCUGCGCAUGCGCAAGAUGAUCCGCAAAGGUUCGCGUCAACAUCGCGUCUGAUUUUUAUGGUCGCGAGAGACACGAAAGUCAAAACUGUGAAAUCAACACGAUGUCGAGCUGAUCGCUGAUCGAAGGUAUUCAGAAGGAGUUAAUAACUUUCGUUAGACAUCCGUGCUCUUAGGGUGUCUGUUUUGCUGUGAACUAUGAAGCUAAUUGGCUAGGCUAUCCGGCUGGGUUUGUCAAGGUAUCACAGUUGGCAAGGACUGCUCCUCUGGACUGAAUCUUUUGUGUGUAGCUGUCAAUGUGACGGAAGGAAACUCUACGGACGACACCAUGGGCCAAGACAGAGGAAAGUAUGAUUUCUAUAUAGGCCUCGGCUUGGCCAUAAGCUCCAGUAUAUUCAUCGGAAGUAGUUUCAUCUUAAAGAAGAAAGGACUCCUUCGACUGGCCAGAAAAGGCUCUAUGCGAGCAGGCCAAGGUGGCCAUGCAUACUUAAAAGAAUGUCUUUGGUGGGCCGGCUUGUUAUCAAUGGGGGCUGGUGAAGCUGCCAAUUUUGCUGCAUACGCCUUUGCUCCUGCCACUCUCGUCACUCCUCUCGGGGCCCUCAGUGUGCUAGUGAGUGCAGUCUUGUCUUCAUACUUUCUGACUGAGAGGUUGAACCUACACGGGAAGCUUGGUUGUUUGCUCAGUAUCCUGGGCUCCACUACCAUGGUGAUACAUGCACCUAAAGAAGAGGAGAUCGACAGCCUGAAAGACAUGGCCAAAAAACUGGUCGAUCCAGGCUUUGUGGUCUUCGCAGCAGCUGUCAUCAUUAUAGCUCUCAUUUUCAUCUUCGUAUUUGGCCCACGCCAUGGGCAGACCAACAUCCUGGUGUACAUCACUAUCUGCUCUGUGAUUGGUGCCCUGUCUGUGUCUUGUGUAAAGGGAUUGGGCAUUGCCAUUAAGGAGGCCAUUGCUGGAAAGCCAGUAGUGCAAAACCCUUUGGCUUGGCUGCUGCUCCUGAGCCUGAUAGCCUGUGUCAGUACACAGAUCAACUACCUGAACAAAGCUCUGGACAUAUUUAACACAUCUCUAGUAACACCCAUCUACUAUGUGUUCUUCACCACCUCGGUGCUGUCGUGCUCCGCCAUAUUGUUCAAAGAAUGGGAACACAUGGGUGCUGAUGACAUCAUCGGCACGUUGAGUGGCUUCAUCACUAUUAUCGUUGGUAUCUUCCUAUUGCACGCCUUUAAGGAUGUUAGUAUUAGCUUGGCGACACUUGCUGUGUCCGUUAGGAAGGAGGAUAGGAAUGGGCCUGUAUUAAAUGGCAUGGCAUCUCACAACCACUCUAAUUAUGAGCUGCUACAUAAUGAAGUCACAGAGGACAUUGAGGAUAGAGAGUUGGGCUUGCCAUUUGACAGCAUUUCCAGAAGAAAUGGCACUAUGACAGCAUCUUAGGGCCACAAAGUAAGCAACGUGCAGCAGGUCAUUAAUGAAAAUAAUGUUUUGCUGCUAACAUUUUUCCAAUACUAGAUAAAAACCUAAUGGACCAAUUGAUUGUACUAAGGGUUUUGUCUUCUUAGCCUUACUUUUUUCCCUCUCUUGUUUCUGACUAGACUACAUGGUAAGGCAUUAUCUCAUUCCUCAUGUAGCACUGUAAAUAUACAACUGUACGAUUUUGAGAGACUUUUGUUAUAUAUUUAUGUACAGAUAUCUGUAUUUACAUGCACUGAGAUCUGAGCUUUCUACAAAGACUGGUAGUUGCUUUCAUUUUGUAAUAAAGAUAUCCAAGUGGAAUGAGUUGACCUUAUGUAUAUUUUAGUCUUAAUUUAAAGGAAAAGUUCACUCAUAAAUGAAAUUUCAGCUAUCAUAUUUUUUCUCUUUAUUCUGUUGAAUAUUACUUUUAAAU